UUUGUCUCCUGUCUCCAGCCUCUGGUCCUGCCUCCCAGUCUGAAGGAGAACCUCCUGGACUUCGGGGUUCGCAGUGCAACAGACACCAGCAGCAUCACGUUUGUGGUGGUCAACAGUAAUCCUAUAGAGCUGGAGAUCAAGUCCUGGCUGGUGACAGGAGACAGUUUGUCAAUGGAGCUGCUGAGGACGGAGAAAGGAAACUCCACAGUGGCUCUGAGUCGCCUACGAGAGCUGCAGAACACCUCAGCCUCCCAUCAGCAGACGGUCAUAUUGGCACCAGGCUACUACGCAGCGUUCAGAGUGACUCUUGUGGCCAAAGCGCUGGAGGGCACGUACGACGGAGCCGUGCACAUCACCACAGAUUAUGAGAUAUUAACCCUCCCAGUGAGAGCGCUCAUUGCUGUGGGAACAUUAAACAGCUCUCCCAAGCACAUCGUUCUGCCAUCUUCAUUUCCAGGUAAAGUCGUCCACCAGAGCUUCAGUAUUCAGAGCUCCUUCACUCAGAAAGUGAGGCUGCAGCAGAUCCGCUCUCUGACUGAAGAUAUACGGUUCUACUACAAACGGCUCCGCAACAACAAAGACGAGCUGGAGCCUCGACGUAAAUCCAAGGUGGCAAAUAUUUAUUUUGACGCCAGCUUGCAGUGUGGUGAUCACUGUUAUGUGGGGCUGCCUUUUGUGCUUAAAUCCGAGUCCAAACCUCAUGGUCUGGCCUUACAGGAGGACAUCUGGGACGCCGACGUCGAUCUCCACCAGAAACUCCUCCGGAGAUGGAAGGAGCUCAAAGAGCGAUCGGGCCACAACAUCGAAGCCGUCUUCGAGGUCAACACGGACCUCCAGAAGAAUGUUCAAGCUAAAAUCACGGCUCACCUGAGCUGGCCCUCGCUGGUCAACUCCUCCCAGAGAAUCCUGUUUCCUCUGACCAACACAAACGGCUCCUCCGAAGAGGAGGUGAUCCUGCAGAACCCCGCCGACGUCCUGGUCUACGUCCAGGUCCUCCCUUUGGCCCUGUUACCCAACCCCUCGGUGUUCUCUGGGAAGCUGGCUGACAGGCUGCCGUUAGGAAAUCUGUCCAACAUAAACAUCGACACGAGCACCUUAGAGUUCCAGGUUCACAGGAAUCACACAUCAGUGAUGAAGAGCAGCUCAGGCUUCGUAGAGGGAUCCACCAGACCUUUCGUGUACAACCUCCUCCUGCUGCCCGGAGAGGUGAAGGCCUUCAGCGUGAGGUUCACUCCCUCCAGCAACCACAGCGUCUCCUCCCUCCUCAUCGUCAGAAACAACCUGACUGUGAUCGACACCAUCUUACUUCACGGUCGAGGAACGACGGAGAGCCUGAAAGUAGCCGGGAAGCCUCCGGGACACGGGAGCUCUCUGAGGUUCAAGGUGACGGAGGCUCUGCUGAAGGACUGCACCGAGAAAGUAAAAGUCAAGGAGCCAAACUUCACUCUGAAGAGGACGUUCAGAGUGGAGAACACGGGUCUGCUCACCAUCACCAUCCGAUCGGCUGAGAUCAACGGACAAGUCUGUGAAGGAUACGGAUUCAAAGUCCUGAACUGUCACGAGUUUGCACUGAAGCCCAAUGCUUCAAAAGACCUCAUCAUACUGUUUACACCCGACUUCACCUCGUCUCGAGUGAUCCGGGAGCUGAAACUGGUGACGUGUGGAGGCUCAGAGUUUGUGUUUGUCCUGAACGCCUCGCUGCCCUACCACAUGCUGGGCGCCUGUGCAGAGACUCUGCCCAGACCGAGCUGGGAGCUGGAGCUCUACGUCAUCGUGUCUCUCAUCAUGAGCUCCAUGUUCCUGCUGGUGAUCGCCACAGCGUAUCUGGAGGCUCAGAGCAUUUGGGAGCCCUUCAAGAGACGCGUCUCUGUGGAAUCCAACUCCUCCAUGGAGACCGGGAGACCAUUUAAUCUCAGGGAAAUUGUGCAGAUUCACAGUGAAUCAAAGUAAGUGGAACACGGGGGAAGGCUGAGCUACGUCUCAGACACCGUUUGAUUAAACCUCACGAUGUCACGAGUGAACACAUGUUGUAUCAGAGGGAUCGUUGUGAUGUUUAGAAGUAUGAUGUUCUGCUGUGGACGUAUGUUAG